ACCCAUCUGUGAACUUUUCCCCUCUAAAGCUGCUAUCAGUAUCGGUAUAAAAAAUCCAAUAUUGGUUGGGCUCUACUAAGGAGUCAUUAUAACCUAUUAUGUGUGUAUUUAUUUUUAUAUUUCAGUGAUCGAUAAUUCUUGGAGGACAAUUUUUUUUAAUUACACUAGGCUGUUUAAUACCUCAGCCGUGUCCUCAAAACUGUAAUGUGUUAUCUACCUUAUACAAGGUGGACUAAUCUCACCUUUCCCCUGGGAUGAGGUGGAGGAGGAGGGAGGAGGUGGUGGAGGAGGGAGGAGGCUCCAGCGCAGUGAUGAUGAAGUCAAUAAAUAAGGACAGCAGAGGCGAUUCAAGGCGGCGGAUCUUCCGCAUUUCACAUCUCGGCGUCCCAACAUGUGUUUGUGUGUACAGUGUGUGCUUUACAGUGGUGGUCCUGUAGAGAGCGGUAGAUAGUUUUAAUAAGUGGUUACCCAGCCGAGCUCCCCUUACUGUACAGUACAUAAGCAGAGGGAGGAGCGACUGUGUAGUAUUUCUUUCUUUUUUUUUUUUUUUGCUUCUUUCCCUCCUCUCGUUGCAGCCCAUCCAAACGCUACUGGAAGGCAACAAAAAAAGGGGAAACAAACUACUUAUUUUCACGCGAAAGCAUAGUAGGACGGAGGACCGGGAGCCUGUGAGAGCAGGGAGAUCAUUCCGGGCAGGACGAGGCUCAGCAGCAGCAGCAGCAGCUCGGCGGAGGAGGAGGACUGGGCUCCGGAGUGAAGGGGGACGUGUAGCCGCUCAGCGCUGCAGCUACACUUGUGCAGAAAACCGGAGGAUCCCCGCUGACUUUUCUCCCGCUUCAUUUCCGCUUAAUGCCCCUAUAUCCAACCCGGACUGGUGUCCAGACCGCGUGGGGGUAACCGACGAGUUCCCUGAGAGCUACGCUGGGAUGAAAGCCGGGAUGUAAAGAAACAGCACUCAAGUGAAAACAACUGACCACCAAGGGCGGAGACACGGCAGACCACACAACGCAGGAGGCCUGAGGAAAUCAUUAACCGCACACAAACACACACAAUAUGACUGAUUGGACCCCGCUCCACCCUCCGCAUCCCUGAGACCGACAUCCACCUCGGACCCCGGCCCCCAGGGGCCCCCAGAGCGACCUCCAGCAUCUUCUACAGUUUCACACACCGAGCCACGCCGCACUUACCUCACCUGGACUCCCUCCUGGACCUCACACCCCGUCUCCUCCCAAACAAACAAACAGACAGAAACACAAACCCAGGGACGUGUCGACCCUGUCAUGUGUCACUGACGCAGCCCUCCCGCCCGGCGAAUGACAAGUGUGCAUCCGAGGGUGGGGCUUGCCUCAGUCUCUCAUGAUUGGCUGCUGGAUGGAAUUAAGGUGAAUGGAACACGCGCCCAAGGAGCAGGACCCUAACCCAUCAGAGGGAGAAGAGAAACGGUGGCUCAAUGGCCCGAAAAGGAAGAGGAAGAACAGCCAAUGUUCGUUGAAGAGCAUGACUGCACGCAGUCUGAAUGACAGCUCUAAAUCCCCCGAGCUGAAAGAAGCAAGUAAAGAAGGGUACAUCCCCAGCUACCUCGAAAAGGAUGAGCCAUGUGUGGUGUGUGGCGACAAGGCCACAGGUUACCACUACCGCUGCAUUACCUGCGAGGGCUGCAAGGGUUUCUUCCGUAGGACCAUUCAAAAGAACCUCCACCCGAGCUACUCCUGUAAGUACGAUGGCUGCUGCAUCAUCGAUAAGAUUACCCGCAACCAGUGUCAGCUCUGCCGCUUCAAGAAGUGCAUUGCAGUGGGCAUGGCCAUGGACUUGGUGCUGGACGACUCGAAACGGGUGGCUAAACGGCGUCUGAUUGAGGAGAACAGGGAGCGGCGCAAGAAGGAGGAAAUGGUGAAAAACCUCCAGAACCGUCCAGAGCCCACCGACAGCGAGUGGGAGGUGAUCCACCUGGUGACGGAGGCCCACCGGCACACCAACGCUCAGGGCGCACAGUGGAAACAGAAGCGCAAAUUCCUGCCAGAAAAAAUCGGCCAGUCCCCAGUUGCCCCCACGUCAGACGGAGACAAGGUGGACCUGGAGGCCUUCAGCGAGUUCACCAAGAUCAUCACUCCUGCCAUCACCCGAGUCGUCGACUUUGCCAAAAAACUGCCCAUGUUCUCUGAGCUACCUUGUGAAGACCAGAUCAUCCUGUUGAAGGGAUGCUGCAUGGAGAUCAUGUCACUGCGAGCCGCCAUGCGAUACGACCCCGAGAGCGAGACACUGACACUGAGCGGGGAGAUGGCCGUGAAGCGUGAGCAGCUGAAGAACGGCGGGCUGGGCGUGGUAUCGGACGCCAUCUUCGAUCUGGGCAAGAGCCUGGCACAGUUCAACCUGGACGACACCGAGGUGGCGCUGCUGCAGGCCGUGCUGCUCAUGAGCUCAGAUCGUUCGGGCCUGACCUGCAUGGAGAAGAUCGAGAAGUGCCAGGAGACUUACCUGCUGGCGUUUGAGCACUACAUCAACUACCGCAAGCACAACAUUCCUCACUUCUGGCCGAAGCUCCUGAUGAAGGUGACCGACCUGCGGAUGAUCGGGGCGUGCCACGCCAGCCGCUUCCUUCACAUGAAGGUGGAGUGUCCCAACGAACUCUUCCCGCCGCUCUUCCUGGAGGUCUUCGAGGACCAGGAGGUGUGAAACACAGUUGCCACCACGUUGCAAAGGGAAGAGGAAGUUGGGGCAAACUGGGAGAUGGGAAGGGCCAUCAUUUUUCUAAGGGGAAGGGUGGAGGGAGAGUCCUCUCGGCAGGAAAUCUGCAAUUUCUCCGACAUCGCAUUUACAGUAUGUGGUUUAAAACCUGGAACCAACAAAAACAGAAACAACACACCAGCAACAGGAGAGUCGAGCAAACAGAGGAUUUUGUUUCACGAACACCCUCUCCUCCACCUCUUUCUCCUCCUUUUACUUACCCCUGUUUUAAAAUCCGUGUGGGGGCCCUUCUGUCUGAGCAUGAUGUCUUAUCUAGUAAGAGUUGUAGCCAUUUGCCAAGACACGUACACAGAUACACACACAACACACAAACACACACACACACACAGCCACAGCCUGUUCCACCUCAGUUCUUCAGAGCAGCACUCUUUGCAGGGGUCCGUUCCCCUCUCUGGUUCUUUUUUUUUUUUAGCGGUCACAGUUUUACACACCUUUUGAAGCCCAUGUUUCCAGCUUCCACGCUGGCCAGCACCUCUCAGUAUUAUUUCUGAAAGUGUUAAGGCAGUUGUUCAGAAAAUAUGGACAUUUUUAAGUGACGUACAAAUGCUCACGAGUCAUGCAGGCACACGCAAUCAGCAAACGCUGCACAUUGAAAUUUUCAGCCGAUGCUUUAAGCAUGAGUUUUGUUGUGUAAUGGCUGCGGUAAAGCAGCGGUCUUUUAUCAAUCCCUCAACUCAAUCUGAGCCGUUACAGCUGUUCCUGGAGCUUCUACGUAGAUCCAAGUGAAACCCGGUGCUAUAUUUAUAAAAGGUUACUCCAGUUUUAUGAAAUUGUGUUGUCUACCUUUGAAAACAAUGUGCAGACCAUGGCUCCAUAUCUACCUUCAUUUUUUGUCAUUGGACCGGCUCCUGUGACAUACACACACACACACACACACACACACACACACACAGAUGAGCAGACUUGCCUUGUCAUUGCCCGUGCUGCUAGUGCCAGCAGCCUACCGUCUUAUUAAUGACAAUUAAGCCCUUCUCUCUCAGAGGAUUAACUGCAUUGAAAUGAAGAAAGAAAGAAAGAAAGAAAGGAAGAAGGGAGGGAGGAGGGGAGGGAGACACUUGGAAGGGAGCAGAGAUAGAGAGAGGAGAGCAGAUUUAAUAGCUGGACUGUAGAGUCAGAGCCAACGUCAGAAGUAAAUCUCCCACACAGCCUCCGAGGAGGUUUAUAGCAGCAGCAGCCACCAGCGAGACAGCAGAGCUCAUCUUACACACACACACACACACACACACACACACAAAUAACCACACAAACAUGAAAACACAUCACCUCAGAGUAACGCGAAUGCCUCAUUUUACUGUAUGCACUGCGCGGCAGUGUCGACAUACAGCCCUAACCUGCAGGGUUUGUACCGAGUCCUCUCCUCACGGACUCAGCUCAGUGUGGCCCCUCCAGGCUUCCAUACACAUCUGCCUUUUUUAUUACCAUGGGCGUCACUGAGAGCAGGCAAAUGCCAAGAAGGCUACCAUUUACCUCAAAAAGUGGAUACACCCCCAGGCUGGGGCAGCAAUACUGCCCCUGUGGUGUCAGGCACUACCUCACCUCUGUGGACACGGGGCAGCUGCCCACAGCACACACACACAUACACCAUUGGAGUUGGCGCAUGUGUAGGCUAACACACGACUGUGCAUAAUAUUUACAUAGGUGCACACUCACGGAAAGACAGAAACACUCACACAGGCACACACCCUCAGUGCUAUCACUUGGUUGAAAUGAAAUACCAUUGAAGACAGGAGGGCCGGCCAUCCCCCGACUCCAGGGAGUGGUACCCAUCACAUUCGGGUUAUCUCUUUUUGUUAUACGGGACCAAGUGUCGUCUUUUGAAAAAAAUUGGAUUUACCUGUUUCUGUCAAAACGGAAACACGGCUCACAGAAGCGACGAAAAGGAAAGGACAGUGUAGACGCGCAGCCCAGCUGACACCCUAUUCACGAGUAGCAGGAGGGAAGAUGACAGAGAGUACCUGAGAAUAAAGGAGAAAAAAAAACCCUCGGUGGCCGCCCCCGUUGAAUUAGCAUGCAGAGAAAGGGCUGUUUCCUUCUGCAUCAUGGCGAUCUUCCACAGUACACUCAUGAUGGCUGCCGUCGGAUCUUGACGAAUAUUUUCUUGGGGAAAAAUAAGCUUUUCUUUCAUGCAUGGACAGUGCAUCAGACGUCAAAAAAAGGUAGAAUGUUCUCAACCGAAAUGAAGCUUCUUAAAGGAGGCGACUCAAAAAGCUCUUUUAGUCUCGUGCACUUUACCAAUGCUCACCACUAUAAUCUAAAAACGGCAAACAUCCAUGGCAGGUAUCAUAGUGUACUAGCCAAACGACCAUUCAAGAAUGUUGAUUUGAUUAUAAAAAAAAGCCCACUCUGUUCAUUCCAAUCCUGGGGCCAAGCCAAAUCUAACUGGGUUUACCACUCUUACAAGAAGAGAAUGAAAGAAAAAAGAGAGACUUAAGAGAAUCUAUUUUAUACUCAACAUCAUGCAGUAGAUCAUACUGGGCACCUGUACAGGAUGGGUCAUCUGCGCCGCCCCCCCCCCCCUCGGAAGUACCGAAGCAGAGUAACAUGUGGCAGGGAUCACGGGUAAUCGUCACAGGUGGCCGAGCCUCGCCGCUUCCACAUCUGGAACGAUGCUCGGAGAGGAGAGAGGAACUGGAACGCCACCCAGAAGAACCCCCUUCACGAGCAUCAUCACUACUUUCAGAGAUCCCCCCCUGCCCCGCCCUGCCUUACCCUACUCUAGCCCUUAUCCUGGAGCCUAGCUCAAACUAAAUUGCACCCCACCCCUCCCUGAUAACAGCCCCCACUCAGCCAGGCUGGUGGGAGUUUUUGCACUACUGCAGCGGUCCUCCCUUCAGCCCCUGACUUCACCAACAUAGCAAAUCCCCCUGCAGAGACUCAUCUCGUGUGAGUUUUUUUGCAGGGGGGAGGGAGAGUAGAAGCUAAUUCGGGGUGAGUUUUGGUGGCUCUGUGUAACAGAGGCUGGCAGCUGCAGUGGGCUCAGUCCCAAACCUGACCCGUUAUCAGUAUUAGACCAACAGCACAUGACCCUCACCAAACCAACCAGGGAUGGAGAGAGACCCCUGCAUCAGAGGGCUGUGUAGCACUUAUUCAUUCUCCCGUCAUCCUCCCUAUAGAGUCAACCCAGUGACAUUUCAAAUUCAGUCCCCCACCCACUGCCGAGUGGGACACCCCCCCUCCCUCCCCGUCCCUUCCCCUCCAGAAUCAUUGACACCAAACGGGAUCCAGGCCAAGGUUUGGCCACAACUGCCCCUUUUUUUCUUAAGAGUGGCGCCACCGAAUGAAUGUGAUCGGCAAAGCAGCAAGCGAUGGGAACGAGAGACUUGUGAGAAGAAGAGGAAAAAAACAGGAAACAUAAAAAGCUGAGGGCCUCUACCCCUCACUGCCAUCAUUGACAUGGGUGAGAGACGGCGACGUGGCUGGUUGUAGAGACGAUGCUAACAAACAGUCGGAGGAAGGGGAGGCGGCAGUGUAGGAAUAUGUAACGGCCUCCCCUUCGGUCCCAACACAACAACCGCAUACGAGCCCCCCGCUCCCGUGCCAGCUGACAACCCCAAAAUGUCCCCGCCCCCCUCCCCACCCUCAGCUCCCUCCAAAAGGAUAACCUCCAGCUCUCAUGUGGUGAGGAUCAGGAAGAGAUCCCUCAUUCCAGAGUUGCAGGUUUUUGGAAUUCCAACACGUCUUUGUAAAAGAACUGAAAAAGAGAAGAAGAAAAAAAACAACCUAUUGAUGUCCUUUGUUCUCGUGAGCUGACUGGGUAUGUGUGUGUGACAGUAGGGGUUAUAAUGCUGCUUUACCUUCUGAGUCUGAUUUAGAUUAAGAGAAAAAAAAAGAUAUAUGAAAUGAUUAUAAAUCCACAAAAUGAAAAGAGAUGACUUUUAACAAAAAAAGAAAAGACUCCUGAACAAAAAUUAUUGGAGAUUUUUUUUUUUCAUUUUAUCAUUGUUUUUCUUAUUUUUCUGUUUGUUUUUUGACGCUUAAAAAAACUGCUCUGUGUAAAAAAAAAAGGAAAAAAACAGCUGUAGUCACUUUUUGACCAUGCGUGCAGUGUAACAUAGAAAAUAUUUCACUUCUUUUUCACAUCUAUACUUUUUGUGUUGAUAAGCCAACUGAUCUGUUUGUCUGUGUGUCUGUCCAGUUGUCCGUCCCCUUUUAUCAGGAGGAAUUUACAACCAACAAAAACAGGAAUUUUUCUUUUUUUU